AGAGUGGAAGAGCUGUAAUAUUUUUUACUAUGGCGUCGAUUUGAGGAUAUCCAGGCGUGUCACUAAUAUUUUUUAUUUCACCUCAGAAAACAAACAUAUCACUUUAAAUGAAGUAUCAACAACCAAGAGACUCUUCAAGAAGAAUUAAGGAUAGUCCUGAAAUGCACCAACGCAUGGGAAGAGACGAUCGUUAUGACACAAGAGGAGGCGGAAAAUCUGGGCCCGGAGGUGCAGGUCGCGGAGGUUACAGCAGGCGAGACUUCUACGACGGUGACAAGCGGCGUAGAGAUGAUUUUGAACCUAGGGAUAGAAAUAGUUUCGGCAGCCGUGGAUCUGGGUAUAAGUAUGACAAAGAUAAUUACUAUAAGAGUUUGAAAGUUACAAACUUUCCAAGCCACGUUUCUGAUAGUGCAAUUAGGGAUGCAUUGUUCCAUGAAUUUAAAAAAUUUGGUGACGUUAAAGUGAAAGUAACUCAUGGAGGAGAUGAUAGAAUUGCGUUUGUAAAUUAUGCAUUUGCAGAACAUGCAAAGGAAGCGAAGUUAGCAAAGUCAGGGAGGCUAACACUUUUUGGAAAACCACUUUAUGUUGACCCUGUUUACAGACGGAGAAGUGUUUCUCCUGAUUUGGGAUAUGGGCCUAGAUCAUCUCCAGGCAGGCGAGUUGGUGGCAGUUAUCCCAGAGAACCAGGUCCACGUGACCAUGAUUUUCAACCUUAUGAAAGUAGACGCUUCUCUGGUGGAAGUGGAGAUAGCUUUCGUGAUAGAGAGCCUUUGCUUCUUCCUGAGGAUGAUCCAAAAGCAACUCGUACUUUGUUUGUGGGUAAUUUGGAAGGUGAUAUUCCUGAGAGCGAAUUAAAGCAUGUUUUUCAACGAUUUGGAAUAGUUGAAGAUAUUGAUGUAAAACGACCAGCGCGUGGCCAAGGCAAUUCAUAUGCAUUUGUUAGAUUUUGUAAUCUUGACCAAGCUCAUAAAGCAAAGAUUGCAAUGCAAGGUAAAUACAUUGGUAGGAACCAAGCUAAAAUUGGCUAUGGUAAAGCCCAGCCAACGACUCGUUUGUGGGUGGGUGGUCUUGGCCCUUGGACGUCACUGGGAGUGCUUGAGCGUGAAUUUGAUCGUUUUGGAGCAAUUAGAAAAAUUGAUUACAUGAAAGGAGACAACUUUGCUUUUAUUUUGUAUGAUUCCUUAGAUGCUGCACAAGCAGCAGCUUCCAAUAUGCGCGGUUUUCCUCUUGGGGGUCCAGAUCAUCGUUUGCGCUUAGAUUUUGCUGAAUCGUCGCAUGAUCAACGGUCAAAAUUUACUUCCUAUGGUGAUCGUGCUGCCUCACCACGUCGUAACCAGAGAGAUGAUUAUGAGCAAGGAUUUCGCUACAAUGCUAGCAAUAAAGAUUUUGAUAGUGGUAGAGGUCGUCAAAAUUAUGGUAGAAAUGACGCUGUUGACGACGGUGGAUAUCGUCAAAACCGUGGAAACUGGCAAGAAAAUCGCUAUGGAAAUAACUGGAGUAGACCAGACAGGGAUUCUUAUGACUCCAGAGACAGUCGCAAGCGUCCUAUGUCGCCCUCCAGUGACCAAUCUCGUGAACGUUCACCCGACAGACGUAGUUAUAAGAAAGUGCGAGGUAGAUCAACUGAGCCAAACGAAAGGACUCCGGAAAAACGCAUGGAUGACCAGUUUGAUUCUGCUGGAAGUGAUCAUUCUCCUGAACAACCAAGACGCCAUGGUUCAAGAGGGGGCGAUGAUGAUAGUAAUGUAUUUCGUGUAAGAAAACGUGAUCGAGAAAGUAAAUCUGACAAAUCAAGUCGAAUGCGUGAACGAAUUUCUGCUGUUGAAAGUGUUUUUGACCUGCAAAAAUAUUUUGGUGCUGCUUGGCAUGGUUUUAUUGUGUUAAAAAAUAGUGCUUUUUGUACUCGCAUGCACUUGUUAGAUGGUGAUAUUUCAAUCGUUGAGUCGCUCCUCGGUUCUGGUAAAAAUGAGGAGGAACAAAUUUUACGCAUCACACAGCGUUUACGUCUUGACCAACCUAAAUUAGAAGAAGUGACUAAGAGGAUAACAUCAGCUGGAACUGAUGGCCAUUGUUUAUUGUUGGCACUGCCGGCUGAGGAUUCUCCCAAGCUGCCCAACGGCACCCAGUCUCGGACUCUGAGGAACCUGGUGACCUAUCUGCAGCAGAAGGAAGCAGCAGGUGUGAUUAGUCUGCCUGUCGCAGGUCACAAGGACAAGGAGAGUGCUGGGAUAUUACACGCCUUCCCACCGUGUCAGUACUCACUGAAUCAUCUUUUGCGCAUUGCUCCCAAUCUAGGCGGUGAUCCAUCAAUAGGGGAUCACUUAGUAAUUAUCAUUGUGCGUGGUAUUGCCUAGACUUCAUGUCGACAAAUGUAGAUAAGCAAAAAAUGUGAUUUUUAACUUUUAUGAUUAAUGAAAAAUGAACAGAUAGUAAGCAUAUAAAGAUGUCAUUUAAUUACAUGUGUGAUAAUUUUGUUUGAUAUCAAUUAAGUUUAUUAUUUAAAAUUUAAUUUCAUAUAGUUUUGAAGUUGAAUUUUACUGGAAAUAUUUUUUAAUUUUGUAAAAUUUUGUUAAAAUUCAUCAAUGCAGUUUUAACACAUUUCUGUAUUGUAUAGUUUUGUUUGUGUCUAAGCUAAAUCAGAUGCUGAUUUGGUCACUGUAAAUAAUUUGGAUCAAACAUCCAUCCUUACUGACAUUUUAAUGUUCUGUCAGCAGUGCUCUACAAAUACACAGUAUGUUAUAUUUUAGUAUUUUAUUUGCAAAAAACUUAAACAGUAUUGUGCACGAGUUAAAAUUACUCUAAAUUUUGUGACGUUUCCACUGAUGUACAGUAUUUCAAGACAAUAAUGGAGGUUGUUAUAGUGGGUUUUUUUUUAACUGAUUACACAAGUGUUGGAUUACUAAUUAGUUGAUAGCAAAAAAAAUAAGCAGUUUGAUACAGGAUAUCUUGUCAAAAUUCACGAAUUGUGUGUUUUAAAAGUCGGUUUGAUUUGUUGUAUGGAUGGAUGUGAAGUCUAUGUGUGAUUUUUCAAAAAUCGUUUGCAUCUUGUUUCUCAACUGCCGCCUUAAUGAACAACCUUUGUGAAGUCUUGACAAGUAAUUGAUGCCAUUGCAGCAAAAGCCAAUAAAGCUGACAUAUUUGAGUAUGUGAAUGACAAUAUUAUUAAAUGCUGAAUGGCCUUUGAAAUUAAAGGCAGGAUUUUAUCAAGUUUUCUGAUAGCAAUUUACAUCAUGUCUCUUUGCAAACAACUCCUGUGAUUAAUAUCGUAGUGAAGAUUAUGAUUUCAUUAUCGUUUAGAAUUUUAUUUUUAAUUUUGUUAAAAUAUUGCGAUGAUUUUUA